AUGCCCUCUCUUUCAAGCAACUUAGAACCGCCUAAGAGCACUGCGCAACACCGCCCCCAAGAUCCUCUGUAUCGAAACGAUCUCGCCGCGAGAAGUUUCCGUUUGGAGUCUACCAAUGAUGAAUCAAAGUACACGUCUGGUCUUUGGUCCUCUGGGGGAAGUACCGCGGUGUCUCUUUCCGGCAAUCAGACCGAAGAAGCCAAUACAAUGCUGGCCACUGUCUUGCGCCACUUCCGAGCAAAUAUAGAUACCACGCAUACCGACAUCGUUCUAAUAGUAUGCGGAUUUGUUGGAGGAUUGGUGGAUGGUUUAUCAUUCAAUGCAUGGGGAAGUUUUUCAAGUAUGCAGACAGGAAACACAGUUUUCCUGGCUCUUGGUCCAUCUGGUCAGCCAGCUUAUCCGGCCUAUCUUUGGGCCAAAUCUUUGAUUGCUAUUUCCGUCUUCAUCACAAGCAAUAUAUUCUUUAUCCACAUGCAUCGAAUCUUAAACCCUCGGCGCCGCUCAACAAUGAUCAUAUCUUUCGGCAUCCAGACUCUUGCCCUCCUGGCUACCGCAAUUCUUAUCCAUCUUGGAGUGAUUAUCCCGAAACCCGAGGACCCUCGCGCUCCGAUAGAGUGGAUGCAAAUCCUACCAAUUACGCUUUUAUCAUUCCAAGCAGGCGGCCAGAUCUGUGCUUCGCGGAUCCUCGCAUUAGAUGAAAUCCCGACAGUUGUCGUCACAACACUCUUGUGUGAUCUUCUUGUUGACCCGAAACUGACGGCCAAAUUCAACCCAAAGCGAAAUCGUCGCGUAGGAGCAUUUCUGGCGCUAUUUUUUGGGGCUAUGACAGCUGGUGGACUCUCCAAGACUACAGGAAUGGCCUCUAGUAUAUGGUUUGCCAUGGGACUAAAGUUGGCAAUCACUUUGGGCUGGGUCGUUUGGCGACGGGAGGGGAGGAGAAAGUGUGAUAUGGAGGUGUGA